UUAGGUUUGCGGACGAGAGGUGGUUGUUGGCGCAGACGGUAAUAUGGCGGCGGCUGUAUUGCAGCAGUUGUUCGAUCGUAGUGAAUUUGCUAAGCUCCCCAAAAUUACCGUGGCCAAACUCGAGAAGCUGAUCGCCGAUAAAGAUGCGGAUAUAACUAAUCUGAAAGCCAAAUAUGAGCGUUUCAAAAUUGACAGCGAGCAACAGUAUUUUGAAGUGGAAAAACGACUAACCCAGGGGCAAGAGAAGUUAGUAUCUGAGAUGCAAGAAUGUCAAAGGCUGCGUGAGGAACUUUCUGCACUUAAUGAGCAAUUGAAGGUAAUUAAGUCACAAAAUGAGGAACUAGGAUCGGCUAAAGAAAAACUAAUCAGUGUGGAGAACCAACUUUCUCGCACAAAGGAUGAGUUGGAUAACGAAAAACGAGAACUAGUGAGAACACUUGAGCGUCGGUCACAGGAAGUGGAACACUUGAAUGAGGAUUUGAAAUGUCUAAAUGAUAAACUUGUAGAAGCAAAUUCAGCAAAGAUAGAUCUUCAGUUAAAACUUGAUGAACUUCAGGUAUCGGAAGUCUCUAUUAAGUAUCGUGAAAAACGCCUUGAACAGGAAAAGGAGUUAUUGAUGAACCAGAAUAGUUGGUUGAAUGCAGAAUUAAAAACCAAGACUGAUGAACUGCUUGAGCUUCGUCGUGAAAAGAGCAAUGAAAUUCUUGAACUCAGAUGCACUCUAGAGAACAAAAAAGAUGAGAUGUGCAAUAUGGAAGAGCAGAUCCAGACUUUGAAAGUGGCUAAGGAAAAUUUUGAGAAGCAGAUUGAAGAAUUAAUGAGUAAAUUGAAAGAGUCUAAGGAGCAGUCGGCAACCAUGGAGGAGAGGUUUCGAAAUGAACUGAACGCUCAUGUGAAGUUGUCAAACUUGUAUAAGGGUUCUGCAGAAGAUGCUGAAGUGAAGGCAACUGAACUGACCAGAGCAGUUGAAGAACUUCAUAGUCUACUGAAACAAGCAAAUGAAGCUCAUAAAAUAACUGAAGAUCGACUGGUUGAGCUCGAUGCCUCCAAGACCAGCGUGGUUGCUGAGCUGAAUGAAAAGAUCAACAAACUUGAAAAAGAAUUGGAAAAUGCUAAUCAUCUCUUGUCAGCUACGAAACGUAAAGGAGCAGCCACCCUUUCAGAAGAGGAACUGGCAGCUAUGUCACCCACUGCAGCAGCUGUUGCUAAGAUCGUAAAGCCGGGAAUGAAACUUACAGAGUUAUACAAUGGAUAUGUAGAAGCCCAAGACCAAUUGCUACUGGCAAAACAGGAAAACAAGAGAGUGAACAAAUAUUUGGCUGAAAUUGUGAAAGAAGUGGAGAUGAAGGCUCCACUUUUGAAGCGUCAGCGGGAAGAAUAUGAGCGGGUGCAGAAGGCUGUAGCACAUCUCUCGGCUAAACUAGAAGAUGCCAUGAAGGAAAUUCGACGUUUGCAAAAAGGUACUGAUGAAGCGAAUAAACAUUCUUCACUGCUCACCAGGGAGAACCAGAGAUUAAAAAUGCAAGUGUCAGACCUCUCUCAACAGAAUAGAGUUCUUCUAAUGGAACUGGAGGAUGCACGUGGAAACCAUAUUCUGCGUGAGGAUGAAGUUAGUUCUGCUGAUAUAAGCAGUUCCUCAGAAGUUAUUACACAGCACCUUGUAACGUAUCGUAAUGUUGAGGAGUUGCAACUACAGAAUCAGCAGCUGCUGGUGGCCAUUCGUGAACUUGCUGAGAAACAGGAACAGGAGGAGCAGGAGAAAACAUCUACACGAAUAUCUGAGCUUGAAUUGAAUCUUUCGGAAGCUUUGAAUGAACUUGAACGACUUCGUGAAGCACGGACUCACCAAAUGCAAUUGGUUGAAUCGAUUGUACGGCAACGUGAUAUGUAUCGUAUACUUCUUGCACAGAUGACAGGAGUGACCAUUCCAAUCCAGGAAACAGAAGAUGCAUCUUUAAUUUCAUCCACUCCAAAAUCGUCUCCAGGGAAAUCCAAACCAGUGCCACAAAUGACCUCCACACCAGCUCCUGUUCCUGUAGCAGAGUCUGCAGAGCUUGUGCAGGCAAGGACAGCACUAAAACAGCUCCAGUUGCACUUUGAAAGUUAUAAGACAGAAAAGGCAGAGAAUGAUAAAAUGCUAAAUGAACAGAAUGAGAAACUUCAAGAUCAACUGACACAACUUCGAACCCAGAGCACAAAACUUUCUACUCAGUUGGAAUUUGCUUCCAAAAGGUAUGAGAUGCUGCAGAACAAUGUAGAUGGAUUUCGCCGUGAAAUAGCAUCCUUGCGUGAUAGAUGUCAGAAACUCACCACAACUGUUCAGAAACAAGAACACAUAAUUAGCAACAUGACUCAAGAUUUACGAGCAUCAAAUGAAAAAUUGGCUCUGGAGGAGACUCGUGGAGAAAAUUUGAGAAAAGAGAAAGAUAUGUUGAAGAUGGUGGAAGUACGUCUUACCCAAGAGCGUGAUUCAAAGUUUGCUGAGCUCAGGGGACAGAGCUUGCUGCUAACAAAUCUGCAAUCUAUUCAGUUGACUCUGGAACGUGCAGAAACUGAAACUAGGCAACGUUUAAACAGCCAAAUUGAGAAACAGGAGCGUGAAAUAGAGAAGCUGAAAAAGAAAGUGGAAUAUGAAGUGGAUCAGUGGCAUUCACUGGGCAGAAACCAAGAUAUUCAACUUCUGGAGCUCAAGAAGCAACUUGAAACUGAAUCUAAUCUCCACACGAAGACUAAGGAUCUCCUGAAAAAUGCUGAGAAAGAAAUUAGUACCUUGAAAUUACACCUUAACAAUGUUGAAACUAAACUGGCUGAGACUAAAGGUGAUUCUAAAGGAAAAUCUAACACAGAAGAUGAUGUUGAUGAUCUCCAAUCACAGCUUCGCCAGGCUGAAGAGCAGACAAAUGAAUUGAGAGAGCGUCUUGAGACUGCAACAAGCAAUGUGGAACAAUACAGAGACAUGGCUCUUAGUCUGGAGGAGUCUCUUAGUAAGGAGAAGCAGGUGACCGAAGAGGUACGCACUGCUGUCGAAUCACGCCUCAAAGAGGCAGCAGAGUACCAAGCACAGUUAGAAAAACGCAUGUUGGAAGCAGAGAAUGAGAAACAAGCUCUCACUGAUGAGAAACGAAAAGCUAUAGAAAAUCUGGAACAGCAGACUUGUGAACUAAGAAGGAAUUUGAAAAACCUCCAGGCUGAACUUCAGGAUGCCGUUCAGCGAGCAGCAGCCGCUGCAACCAAUGAACAGCAAGCCAGAGCUGACUGCCAAGAACAGGCAAGGAUAGCCUCUGAAGCCCAGAAUAAAUAUGAGCGUGAACUGAUGCUGCAUGCUGCUGAUGUGGAAGCACUGCAGAUUGCAAAAGAGCAAGUAGCUAUGAACUCUCAAGUACGGCAAAAGUUGGAAGAUGCUGCUCAGAAGGCUGAAACACAGAUGUUGGAGUGUAAGACUGCUAAGGAUGAUAUUGAAAGAAUUUUGAAGGAUGAAAUUUCUCAGCUGACGACACGUAAAGAGGAUCUGCAGAAACAAAACAAACUGUUGCUUGAGCAAGUGGAGAGCCUUAGUAAUAAGAUGGUGACCACAGUGCAAGAAGCAAGUCAGAGUUCCUUAAAUAUUUCUUUUAAUGAGGAGGGCAAGUCGCAGGAGCAGUUGCUUGAAAUUCUGAGAUUUGUGCGACGAGAAAGAGAAAUUGCGGAAACCAGGUUUGAAGUUGCCCAAGUUGAGUCAUUGAGGUAUCGCCAAAGAGUGGAGAAUUUGGAGAGAGAAUUGAAAGAAGUGCAGGAAAGUCUAAAUUCUGAAAGAGAGAAAGUGCAGGUAACUGCCAAAACGCUGGCACAACAUGAUGAGCUAAUGAAGAAGACUGAAACUAUGAAUGUUCUCAUUGAAACCAAUAAGAUGCUGAGAGAUGAGAAAGAAAGGUUGGAGCAAGAACUCCAACAGUCACGGGCAAAGAUUUAUAAGUUGGAGUCCGAUAUCCUGCCUCUUCAGGAGUCCAAUACUGAACUUAGUGAGAAAAGUGGCAUGUUGCAAGCAGAGAAGAAAUUACUUGAUGAAGAUCUCAAACGUUGGAAGGCCCGUGCUCAGCAAUUAAUCAGCCAGCAGAAAGAAACUGAUCCUGAUGAGUACAAGAAGCUAUUAUCAGAAAAGGAUACAAAUACCAAACGCAUUCAGCAACUGACUGAAGAAACUGGGAAGCUGAAGACUGAACUUGCUCGACUGAAUGCAUCAUCCUCUGUGUCACAGCGGGAUGUACAGACUUUGAAGACUGAACUCAGUAGAAUGACUGUUGAACGGGAUAAAUUGAAACAAGAGAUGUUGGCAAGGGUGUCAGAUAUUCAGGAAAAGAAUAAAACGAUCACUCAGGUUAAAAAAAUUGGCCGUAGAUACAAGACUCAAUAUGAGGAGUUGAAGGCUCAAUAUGAUAAGAUGGUUGCUGAGACAUCCUCUCAACUUACAGCAGACCAACAAGCAGAGCAGUCCUCUUCUCAAGCCACUCAGGAAUUGCAAGAAACACUGGCCCAGUCUGAAUCUAGAGCAAAGGCACUUGAGUCUCAGGCUGAAGCCUUGCAGAAGUCUGUUACUGAAAAGGAAUCUGAAGCGAAAAAAUUGCAAGAUGAAGUUUCCCAGUUGCACAGUGAACUUGCCCGCUUGAGGCAGGAACUGCAGGAUAAAGCAAACCUUGAAGAACAGCUUCGACAACAGAUUCUGGAAAAGGAAGAGAAGACGAAGAAAGCAAUAUUGGUAGCCAAACAGAAGAUAACACAGUUGGCUGGACUGAAGGAGCAGUUGGCACAAGAGAAUGAGCAAUUAAAACAGCACAAUGAAGAAUUUCAACAACGUGCCACUAGUUUAGAUCAGCAGAGAGAAGAACUGGAGGUGCGUAUGAGUGCCCUGAAAUCACAGUAUGAUGGUCACAUUGCUCGACUUAAACGGGAGCUGAAGGAGCAUCAGGAUCGACAACAUGAACAGCGUGAAGAACCACAAGAAAUAACCAAAGCUUCUGAACCACAGAGACAACUGGAUCAACAGAGACAGAUAACCCUCAAACAGACUCCAGCAUCUGUGGACAGAGGAAGUUUGAGUACAUCCGAUCCUCCAACAGCCAAUAUAAAGCCAACUCCUCUUGUGGCAACACCCAGCAAGGUAGCUGCUGGGCCAGUACCUGGCAGUAAAUCUACACCAAGAGCCAGCAUCCGGCCAAUGGUUACCCCUGCAACCGUCACUGGACCAGCUACAACACCAACAGCUACAGUAAUGCCAACAACGCAGGUAGAAACUCAAGAAGCCAUGCAGUCAGAGGGACCAGUUGAGCAUGUAACUGUUUUUGGUAGCACAAGUGGAACAGUACGUUCAACAAGUCCAAAUAUACCAAAUUUGUCACAGCCCAUUUUAACUGUACAGCAGCAACAGACACAGGCCACUGCCUUUGUACAACCAACUCAACAGACUCUUCAGGUGGAACCUGCUAAUCAGGAGCCAUCUUCAAGUAUGGUAGAUGUCAUGCAGAGCUCCCAAGUAGAAAGACCUUCAACCUCCACAGCAGUGUUUGGAACAGUUUCAGCCACUACCAUGUCCAAGCGUCAGCGGGACGAUGAUGAUGAGACUAAUGCAGAUAAUGUAGGUCAUGGUCAGGAUGAAUCUCUGGAGCAUCAGUCAAAAAAAUUGAGAGUUGUUCGAGUGGAAGAACAUUUGCAGGAGGUGGAAGAAAGUGCAGAAACAGACACAGAAAUGCAGGUGCAGCCAGAAAAUCUGGAUUCACAAGACUCUAUCUCUCAGGUGGCCAUUGAAGAUUACCCCCCUUCUCAAUUGAUGGAGGACAAUGAGGAAACAUCUCAUUCUUUGGAUUUGGUUCCUCAACCACCUGAACACCAGCAGAACACCCAAUCAUCACAAAACUCUCAGACACAAACUGAAUAUAUUAUAAUAGAGAGUGAUGAAGAUGCAGAAAACGAAGAGGAUCAAGAGCAGGAGGAAUAUGAUGAGGAUGAUGAAGAUGAUGAUACUGGAAUUGAGGAUGGUGAUGGUGAAGAUAGUAACGGGGGUAGUCCUGAUGGAGAAGAUAAAUAUGAUGGUGGCGAUGCAGAGGGUGCUGAUGGGACAGAACCAAGUGCAGAAAAUGAACAAAGUGGUAGUGCUUGUAAAGAAGGAGAAAGUACCCAAAUGCCAGAAGAUAAUUCAGCUGGCGGUGAAGGGAAUAUCCCCACCACAGAUUCCUAUACUUCAGAAGGUUCUCGAGAACAGCAGGCCAUGUCUGAAAGACAGGCCCCAAGACUGCUGCGGUCACCACGGAGACCACCUCAUCCUCUUCCUCCACGAUUAACAAUUCAACCGCCAGCCCAAGAACUGGGACCACCAGCACAGCGAUUCCCACCUGCAAGGCGGCCUUCAUCAAGCCGAGGAGGAAUUCAGCUUACUCCAGGUGUUGGAGGUGUGCAGCAGCACUUCUUUGAUGAAGAUGACAGGAUGGUACCAAGUACGCCGACUCUUGUUGUGCCUCAUCGAUCAGAUGGCUUUGCAGAAGCUAUUCAUUCUCCCCAGGUUAUUGGAGUUCCUCGAUUCAGGUUUGGACCCCCUGAAGAUAUGUCUCAAACCAGUUCAAGUCAGUCAGAUCUCGGACAGUUGGCAUCACAAGGAGGUCUAGGAAUGUAUGAAACUCCCAUUUACCUUGCUGCUGUUCAUGAAGAUGAAUCUGGAGGUCGCAGUGUCCCAACUACACCACUGCAAGUUCACGCACCAGUCACAGUUUUCAAUGAGGGUGUACAAUCAGAUGUAACUGAACAUGCUUCUCAGUCUGUUCCCAUGGUUACAACAUCCACUGGAGGCCUUUCUAGCACUGCAGAUUCUGGAGGUGGUGAUGAUGGCGAUGAAGUGUUUGUGGAAGGGGCAGACCAAGAAGGUCUUGGUUCAGAUGUGAUGUUAGAAAUUGAAGGGCAUCAAGAGGAAGAAUCUGCUCAGCAAUCUGAAGAGGCAGAUCUACCAUCCACCAGCCAGGAUCCUCCUUCUAGCUCAGCAGAUGCCAGUGUCAGUCAGCCAAAACCAUUGAGAAGAGUCCGACUUUAUCCACAGAUGGGGAGAACUGUUGCUCGAGGGCGUCAAUUUAUUAGCCGAAGAGGUAUGAGUCAUUCACUGUCAGGAAGAGGAAUAAACAGAGGAGGAAAUCAUAACUGAAGAAAUAUACCCAUGAAGUGUAUGGGUCAUUGGUUUGGCUUGUUACAAUAGAACUAAAAUUUCUCAACUUCAUACAUUUGUGGGUACUUGUCACAAUGUAAUCUUCUCAUUGAAAAAUAAAAUGAUUUCCUUUUGC